AUGUCCGUUUCGUGGGGUACUCAAUAUGCCAAACUGAAGACUAACCUCCGACUUUGCGCUAAUCGUUUGAAGUUACUCCAAAAGAAGAAGACGGAGAUGGCACAGAAGGCCCGAACUGAAAUUGCUGAUAUGCUUUUGAGUAAGUUGUUGGUUCUACUUUCUUGAUUUGAGUCUUAGAUGACAAGGCAGAUAGAGCCAGAAUCCGAGUAGAGUCCAUCAUCAGGGAAGACUUUGUUGUUGAAGCCUAUGAACUCCUCGAAAUGUUGUGUGAGUUAUUGUUGGCGAGAUUUGGAGUAAUUCAACAAAUGAAGUAAGUCACAGGUCUCUAAAGUAAAUUUUUUUCAGAGAAAUUGACGACGGUAUUGCAGAAGCCGUGACUAGCAUGUUGUGGGUAGCUCCGCGGAUUUGUCAUGAAGUAACUGAAUUUAAAGUAUGUAUAAUGCCUUUCUUAAUUUGUGUUUUAGGUAAUAAACGAUCAGUUAACUCAAAAGUAUGGUAAACAGUUUGCUGAGGCCGCAAGGAUGAACCAGCUCCCUGAGCCCACUAGAGUAGCCCCUAAACUGGUGGCUAAGCUCAACGUUGGUGCACCGUCCAAACUUCUUGUUGAAAAGUAAGCAAACUGUUUCGCACUUUUAUUUUUACUGUUUUUAGAUACCUAAUCGAGAUUGCGAAAUGUGCUGGUGUUGAUUUUACUCCUGAUCCACGAGUAAUGAGAGAAGAUGACGACGAAUUGGCCAAGGCCGAACAGAAUCUGAUCAACUUUGUAAACGAGGUAAGUUAGACGUCCACAUCGUGAUAUGUUUUAUGAAGCCGGCUACUACACUGCUCCACGAAAUGAUAGACGCACCCUGUUUUUAGCGAUUAUCUUCCUUGUACUAAAUGAUAUCGAAUAAUGUUCAACAGAUGAAAUGUGGCAAAUUAAACGAGAAUUCAUGCCCCGUAGCGAUUUUGGAACAAAAUUUUGCCUUGACUGAGAUAUGACAUUUUUAGACUUUUUUGGGGUCCACAAAAUGAUAGACGCAAUUAAGUAAUUUUUUGUUUAUUUAAAAGAAUUUUGAGUCAACCUGCUGUUAUUACACUUCCUCGUGUUCUCUGUCGUAUUAGAAAGGUAAUUACAUUUAUAUCCGCUGUACUUCAUCGACGCAGUGGCCUUAUGAGCCAUUUCCGACCUUGUACAUGGGGUAAAAAUUCGUUUGAAAAAAAAAUUUGAUUAACGAUUUUGCUUUCGCCAAAAAAACAUCUUAAACCAUCAUAGAUUACUAGUAGCAAAUAUAAGACAUAAAAUAAACCAAUACCGAUUCGCUGAAGUCAUUUAAUCGACCAUUAAGUUACCGUAUACCUUCUACAGUAACCUUCAAAGGCUCUAAAAGUACAGAAGAUUACUAUCGAUGUCAAUUUUUUGCUCAGAAAAUCAAACUCAGCAUGUUAACAAACCUAAAACCGCAACUUAUUGCCUGCUUAAAUGUCAUGAUGAUUGACAGAUGAUUGAUUAAAGAUAAACGUGUAAAAACAAGCCUAUUUUUGUGAACUUUUUUUUGUCGAACGACGUUACCGACCAAAGGUAUUCUGUAACGGCUGAUGAUUAAAACAUUACGUUUUCAGGCAUGCUCAGUUCGAAUUUGCAAAUUAAAUUUUGUCAUUCUCUUUAUUCGCCUUGGUAUUUCGGGGGUCUAAAAGUAUUAAGGUAGCUAGUUGUUGAAGAUGAUAUGCCAAGAAAAUGCUCGGGAUCCUUGAGCAAGCCGUUUUUUUUUCAUCAGUGAGAUCUACACGUAUAAUGUGAUAGUAUUAGCUAGUUUUUCGCCCAAGAAAACUGAAUCACCUACAGUUUUUUUCAAACCGAAUAUUUACCUCAUGUACAAGGUCGGAAAUGGCUCAUAAGGCCGCUGCGUCGAUGAAGUACGGCGGAUAUAAAUGUAAUUACCUUUCUAAUACUACAGAGAACACGAGGAAGUGUAAUAAGAGCAGGUUAACUCAAAAUUCUUUUAAAUAAACAAAAAAUUACUUAAUUGCGUCUAUCAUUUUGUGGACCCCAAAAAAGCCUAAAAAUGUCAUAUCUCAGUCAAGGCAAAAUUAUGUUCCAAAAUCGCUACGGGACAUGAAUUCUCGUUUAAUUUGCCACAUUUCAUCUGUUGAACAUUAUUCGAUAUCAUUUAGUACAAGGAAGAUAAUCGCUAAAAACAGGGUGCGUCUAUCAUUUCGUGGAGCAGUGUAAUUAUCCAUUUCCAGGAUAAUAACAUUGGCUGGAAUGUGGCUGAUCCACGUGUGAAUCUUCCAAAUCCACCCUCGAAUUCGUCGCCAAAUCAUCCAGGGCCUCCUCCCCCGCAAUUCUAUCAGCCUCCUCCACCUCAACUUCCAACUUCUCAAGUCCCUCAUAUGCCCCCACCCAACUUCCAGCCUCCAUCUAAUCAGUUCCAACCACAUCCAACGCAGUUUCAACCUCCUCCACCUCCGCAAUUGAACAGUGUGGCUCCUCACAUGCCGAAUGAAGUAAGUGUAAUUUUAUUGUCAUCUUCUGGCAAAGCCUUUUUUAUUCUAUAUAAAAGUAUGAUUAUGUUGCAGUAUAUGGCACCCAAACCCUCUCAGCCUCCGACUAAUCAGCCCCAGGAGCACAUCUACGAAUCCCCUCCAGACGAUUCCAACACAGGUUUGUGAUCCUGUCGUAAUAAUAAUACCUAAAACUUUCAGAUUUCCUCUAUGACUUCCCAGAACCGCCAUCAGAUUUUGGUGACGACAAAAAGAACGGAGGAGGAGGGGGGAAGUCGGAGGGAGAUAACCUCAACUUUGAGGACCUGACUCAACGAUUCAAACGUCUCAAUCAGAAGUAAAUUACACUUGUCAUGUAAAAUAUGCUAACCUUAACGAGUAAAGUUUUAUCGAUAUUUGAAAGACUUGGCCGUUCUGAACACAUGAGCUUUCAGAUUUAAAUUCUAAACCUAAAAUAUCUUUCAAUCCCAAUUUAAACCAGCAUCUGUUCCCUCACGUGAAGUCUAGCGUCAACGUAGCAUUAAUUGUAGGGUGUCAGCGUGUGUCUGAAAGAUGGCGUAUUAUUAUUUUAGGUCGGGGAUUGUGGCUGGAGUCCCAUGCCCUGUGGCAUUGUGUGAGCGGCUUGUCAACGAGCUGGGAAUGAAAGAUCUUCAAGUUUGUUAUGGAACUACAGAGACAAGUCCGGUCUCUUCAGAUGAGAUCAGGAAUGGACUCAAGUCUUGGGUCAUCUUGAGGCAAUGA